AUAUCUGCAGUGGUACUAGUUUCAUUGCUCUAACUCAAAAUGGCUGAGAUGGUUGUUGGCAUACCUGCACAUCUGGAGAGAAUUGAGCGUGAUGCUCGCUUUUUGAGAAGGAACUCAACUGGCAGUUUUGGCUUUCAAAUUGCUAAAUCCAAGGUCUUGUCACGUUACCUGAGCGAUCCAAAAGGUUCGUGCCAUGACGCUUGCAAAGGUGCUGAACGUGAUGAUCAAACAAUAGCAAGGACUUCCCUGUUGAGUAGAACAGUAGCAGCAUCAGAAAAAAUACCAGAACUGGCUACAACUGUACAGGUGCAGAUACGGAAGAAACCACUACACUCGAGUAAGCUACCUAUGAAUUUCAAGAGGCGUACAACUGGUAAAUCCCAGAGACAGGAGAUCCCAGCAUACACCAAAAGAUUAGCUGUUUCUGUAAAACAACGGAACGGUUUGAAGAUGAAGUUGUUGCAAGAAAAUGCUAAUUCUAUGUCCGGAAUCUAUAAGCUGAGGAUAAGAGGAUACAGUGACACUAUCAUACCAGGGGGAUCAUCAAUUGCUCAGGAUUCUCCGUUGGAUGGUGCAACCGGCACACCAAACAAAGGAAGCAGGAUGGACAAGAACACUGGGUCUUCUAAGUUGGGCAACAAGAAGGCUGUCGGAAAACCUGCAAACUUGGAGAAAAUUGAGCAUGAACUCAGUUAUUUGAGAAGGAACUCAACUGGCAAUUUAGGUAUUGAAAUGGGUGACUCCAAGGUCUUGCCACGUCAUGUGAGUGUUCCAACAGGUUCUUCUGGCGCUAACAAAGAUGGUGCGGAACUCAACUGUAAAACAAAGGCGAGGACUCACAUGUCCAAAACAUCUGUAACUUCAUCAGGAGAAAAUUCAAAAUUGGCUACAACUGUGAAGUGGCAGAUACGGAAGAAACCACUACACUCAACUAAACUACCUGCAAAUGUCAGAAGGCUGAAAACUUCUCAUGGAAAGGAAAUGCAAGCAUGCACCAAAAGAUUAGCCGUUUCUGCAAGGCAUCGAAGUGAUUUGAAGCUGAAGCCUCUUGGAGAAAAUGAUUAUUCUGUGUCAAGAAGCAACAAACUAAGCAGAAGAAGAUACAGUGACAGUCUUAUGACAGGGGUUUCGCUAACACUUAAGGGGUCUAUAUUGGAUGAUGCAACCACCAAAACAAACACAGGAAGCAGGAUGGAUAAAGACACUGCAUCUUAUGAGUUGAGCAAGAAAACGGAUGUUGGCAUGCCAGUGAACCUGGACAAAAUUGAGUCCGGAGUCGGCUAUUUGAGAAGGAACUCAACUGGAAGCUCAGGUAUUGAAAUAGGUGAAUCCAAGGUCUUGUCAUGUUCUCCGAGUGUUCCAACAGGUUCUCGCCAAGAAGUUCGCAAAUACACAAUUGCAAGUGAUCUUAAAAAGAAGGUGAGGACUCUCCAGCGCACAAGACCUGUAGCAGCAUCAGGAGAAAUCCCAGAAAUGGCUAGAACUGUGAAGUUGCAGAUAGGGAAGAAACCAUUAAGCUCAACCAAGCUCCCAAAUUUCAAGAGCCAGACAACUUUUCAAACCCAGGGAAAGAAAAUCCCAGCAUCCACCAAAAUAGCUGUCGAAAAAGGAUCCUCCGGGUUGAGCAAGAAGAAGGAUGCCAUAACUAUUUCCCACUCUACAAGAAUUUCUGUGAAGAGGGUAUCAGGCAAAAAGUUAAAUAACAAUUCCCCCGGAAUGGUAUCUCAACGCAAUAAGCAGAUUAGUCUUCCUGGUAAAACAGGCAAAGUGAUUCGUAAAGAUGAUCCAAACAAGGUAUCUCAUAUGAAUAAUUUGACUAGCCUUGCACGAACGAAGAAAGUGCAACCAAAUCAUCAAAGCUUUCCAAACAAAGCAUCUCAACUUAGAAAAUCGGCUAGUCUUAAACGAGGCAAGAUGGAGCUAGGAAAUAACAGGAGUGUUCCAAAGGGGACAUUGUACAUCAGAGAAUCAAAGACAAAAAUCCAGACCAUACAGAUCUCUCUGGAAAAUCGGAAGAAAGUCUCGCCUUUAGAUAGGCAUGGCCCAAUAAGAGGAAAGAAACCGUCACCCCAUCUCUCCCCAUCAUCUUCUCUACAUUCUGAUGGCAGUAGCUCCAGAAAACAUGGCAACAGGAAAGCCUCCCUAUCAUCAACUUCCACAUGCGAGUCUGUUAAUGGUGAUGCAAUAUUCAGCAGUUCCAAGAAAAGUGGAACCACAAGCCCAAACCAAGAUAUAAAAGCUGGAAGGGCUGCAAUUUGCAGUCCUAAAAAUCUCAUGUUCAGGAGAGGAAAAAUAAUUGAUUAUCAGUCUGAGAAACUCAGCCCAAGGAGACUAAAAUUCAGGCCGCCCAAAAUACUAGAGAACAACGGGAAUGGAAGUGAUCUUGUUAGAGGAAGAAGCUCUAGGAGAUUUAUUGCUUAUGGAAAGUCAAAUGCUGCUAAAGAUGAAACUAUGAGAGUUAAUCUUCGACACCAAUCUAGACGAGACAAAAAAGAGGCUCCAAUCUUGUUCAACAAUGUGAUCGAAGAGACUGCAACCAAGCUUGAGGAGACCAGGAGAAGCAAGGUCCAGGCUUUGGUGGGUGCUUUUGAAACUGUAAUCUCCCUUCAGGAUCCAACAUCCACACCGCCAAUUAUUUCCAGAUGAUAACUAUCUGCUUUGACAGAAAGAAUCUGUAAAUAUAUUAAUAGAUAAAUUGAGUUACAUAACUGAAGCAGUAGGUGCAGGAUUUCAAGCACUACUCUUUCUGAAUAUA